AGCCAGCAGCUUCAGCCCACCAUUUGCACUCUUCUCUCUCUCUCUCUCUCUCUCUCUCUCUCCAACUGCAUCCAACUUCUGCCUGCACUCACUCACAGAAUUCAUUCUCAACUCAACUUGCCCUCCCUCCACUACACCACCACCACGUCGGGGGAACGAUACGAUAAUUGUAUCAGUUCCAUUCAAUUAAAUGUACAUGGCUAUGCAGUCUCCGAUUCGAUAAUCUCUCAUUUCGGGGAGGAGAAGAGAGGAGAUCACAUCAUGUCGUCGUCGUCGUCUUUCAGGAAGUCUUCGUUGAGAGUUGUGGAUCAUCGCGGUGGCGCAAACGAUGGGGAUGACUAUUUGGUGGAGAGCGUCCACGAAAGGCUCCGGUCGUCUCGAGGCAGCCGAUUCGCCUUGAUCGCCAACGAGUUGGGGCUCGAUUCGUCAGAGCGGAGGCUUAACAGCAGGCAGAGCGUCAUUGACGGCUUGAAGGACCUCUCCCAAGGCUUGUUCAUCCAUCCCGAUAACAGGUGGUACAAGGCAUGGGAGAAAUUUAUACUGCUAUGGGCAAUUUACUCUUCAUUCUUUACUCCAAUGGAAUUUGGAUUCUUCAAAGGACUGCCAAAGAACCUCUUUGUUUUAGAUAUCGUCGGCCAAGUAGCUUUUCUCAUCGACAUCUUACUGCAAUUCUUUGUGGCCUACAGAGACACCCAUUCCUACAAAAUGGUUUGCAACCAUAACCUCAUUGGUCUCCGGUAUCUUAAGUCUCAUUUCUUCCCCGACCUUCUUGGUUGUAUGCCUUGGGAUCUGAUCUAUAAGGCAGUUGGGAAAAAGGAAGAAGUCCGGUAUCUUCUGUGGAUCAGGCUAACUCGGGUUCGUAAAAUUACAGAAUUCUUCCAGAGGAUGGAAAAGGACACUAGAAUCAACUAUCUAUUUACAAGAAUAGUAAAACUCAUUACGGUAGAACUCUAUUGUACGCAUACGGCAGCAUGCAUAUUCUACUUUUUGGCUACCACUCUCCCCGAAGAGAAGGAGGGAUAUACAUGGAUCGGGAGUUUAAAGCUGGGAGACUAUAGUUACUCUCAUUUCAGAGAAAUUGAUAUAUGGCAGCGUUACACUACUUCAUUAUAUUUUGCCAUUGUUACCAUGGCAACAGUAGGCUAUGGAGAUAUACAUGCUGUCAAUCUGAGAGAAAUGAUCUUCAUCAUGAUUUAUGUCUCCUUUGACAUGAUUCUUGGCGCGUAUUUGAUCGGUAACAUGACUGCAUUAAUUGUGAAAGGAUCAAAAACAGAAAGGUACAGGGACAAAAUGACGGAUCUUAUCAAGUAUAUGAAUAGAAAUGGGCUAGAUAGGGACCUCCGCAAUCAAAUAAAAGGACACUUGCGUUUGCAAUACGAAAGCAGCUACACUGAUGCUGCUGUUCUCCAAGAUAUCCCAAUCUCCAUCCGUGCUAAGAUAUCUCAGACUCUCUAUAGAUCAUACGUCGAGAAUAUUCCGCUUUUCAAGGACUGCUCAGCAGAAUUUAUCAAUCACAUUGUAACCCGGGUCCAUGAGGAGUUCUUCCUCCCGGGAGAAGUCAUAAUGGAACAGGGGAAUGUCGUUGAUCAGCUCUAUUUUGUCUGUCAUGGUGUUCUGGAGGAGGUUGGAAUAGGAGCAGACGGCACAGAAGAGAAUGUCACUCUUCUAGAGGUCAACUCCUUAUUCGGUGAGAUCUCCAUUCUCUGCAACAUCCCCCAGCCUUACACUGUCCGUGUUUGUGAAUUAUGUCGCCUUCUUCGUAUCGACAAACAGUCUUUCUCAAAUAUCCUCGAGAUCUAUUUCAAUGAUGCUCGUAAAGUCUUGAAUAACUUGUUGGAGGGCAAAGAAUCUAAUCUUCGAGUGAAGCAAUUGGAGACAGACAUAACAUUCCAUAUUGAAAAGCAAGAGGCAGAACUUGCUCUGCGAGUGAACAAUGCAGCAUAUUACGGCGAUCUUUAUCAGCUUAAAAGCAUGAUUCGAUCUGGAGCUGAUCCCAACAAGAAGGAUUAUGAUGGAAGAUUGCCUCUGGUAUGUACUAAGCUCCGAUCCCCGGCAACAUGGACAUGUGUGUCUUUUUUUUUUUGUUUUCAUAAUAAUAACACAUUAUUAAUUGCAUUUUCACAGCAUCUUGCUGCAUCCAGAGGAUACGAAGAUAUAACCGUGUUCCUUAUUAAAGCAGGCGUAGAUGUGAAUGCUGAAGAUAAUUUUGGCAACACACCGUUGUUUGAAGCCAUCAAGAGUGGACAUGACAGGGUUGCUUCAUUGCUUUCGCAACAAGGGGCCGUAAUGAAGAUUGCGAAUGCAGGUAGCUUCUUGUGCACGGUGGUGGCAAGAGGUGAUUCGGAUUUCCUGAGGAGAGUUUUGGCCAAUGGCAUCGAUCCAAACUCCCAAGACUACGAUCAUCGAACCCCACUGCAUGUAGCUGCCUCUCAAGGACUCUAUCUCAUGGCAAAGCUGCUUGUCGAAGCCGGAGCCAGUGUAUUCUCAAAAGACAGAUAUGGAAACACUCCAUUGGAUGAAGCUACCAUGGGCGGAAACAGAAACAUGAUCAGACUUCUGGAAGAGGCGAAGAAGGCGCAACUAUCGGAAUUUCCAAAUUGCUCUCAAACCGUCACAGAUCGAUUAACAAUGGUGCAUCAUCAUAAGAAGAAGUGCACUGUAUUCCCGUUCCCUCCGUGGUGUGAAGACGAUGAAGAUAGGAGUAAGAGGAGACAUGGGGUUGUAAUGUGGGUGCCUAACACCAUUGAAGAGCUAAUAGAAAGUGCAUCCAAACAGCUGGAGUUGUCAUCAUCGUGUAUUAUUAUUUUAUCCCAAGAUGCAGGUCAAAUUUGUGACGUUGAUAUGAUAACAGAUGGCCAAAAAUUGUAUCUAAACCAACCAACCUCUAGUUAGUUAGUGACACCAAAAAGGGCCGUGUGUGAUUAUAGAUAUAUGGGCGUAAAUAUAAUGGUGGUAAUUUUAUAGGAUCAAUAUACAUAU